AUGACAACACUGUGGACUUCCUCCCAGGUUGAGCUGGUCUCACAACCCUCAAGUGUCCAUAGCCUCUCCCAGAUAACCAGAAGCCUGUUUAUAAGUAAUGCCACAACAGCUAAUAACAGAUUCAUGUUGUCCAGCUACCACAUCACUACUGUCAUCAAUGUUUCAGUGGAGACAGUAAACACAGUUUUUGAGGGCAUCCAGUACCUAAAGGUAGACUCUCCCAAAGCACACCUCUAUGAUUUUUUUGAUCCCAUAGCUGAUCUCAUCCACAGCAUGGACAUGAAACAGGGCCAAACACUGCUGUACUGUGUCGCUGGCAUGAGCCGCUCAGCCACUCUCUGUAUCACCUUUAUCAUGAAGUACCUCCACAUGUCACUGCUGAAUGCCCACAAAUGGACCAAGUUAUGCCGCCCCAUCAUCCAACCCAACAAUGGCUUUUGGGAACAACUUAUUUAUUAUGAAUACAAGUUAUUUACCAAAAACACGGUAUAAAUGAUCAGUUCUCCAGUCGGUAGGAUCCCAGACAUCUACCAAAAGUAG